AUGGGUGUAUACGAGUACCCUCAGGUACCUAGAUCGUCCCAGACUCGAAUGGACCAAGAACGGCAUCAGCCUCAAGAGCCCACUCAUUCACAGCACAGCAGGUUCUCAUGGGUGGACACACCGGCUGAGGCAAAGGGAUACACGUGGCACCGCGAUGGCGGCAAUCAAAGGCCACCUAACGUCCCACCUCUUCCCCAAGUUCCGGAGCAUUUGCAGAACCAGCAAUCUCACUCGAACCCAGACACAGUCAGCCGGGCCCUUGAGCAAACCGGGGCACACCAGCCACAGCAACCACAUCAGCCUGCUGUUCCCGUAGAGUCUGCCCCAACUUAUACUCAAUCCGAGCAUCCGGCUGCCCAGCAUUACGCCUCUGGGCCAACCUCAUAUUCCAGCCAAGACCAUCCGUUAUCAUAUCCAGUUCGACCUCAUCAACAACACCGCAACCAGCAGCAAUCCCAGGAUACGAAGCCCGAGAACACAAUGCAGUACACACAGAUGCCGCCUCAGCCCACAAACCGAGACCCACCUCAACACCAGCCCAAUAUACCCAUAGCACCGGACGAAAACCCCCUCAGUCCCACAACACCAACCAAACAACAGCAUCACCCCACCGCCACCACCUCCAACACAACCAACAUCCCCAUCCUCGCGCCCUCCACCGACUCCUCCACCAUCCCCAUCUCCUCCUUCUCCCCCACCCCGCAACCCAUUCGCGGCGGCACCUGGCACCACUCCUUCUGCUCCUGCGCCGAGCCCACCAUCUGCCUCACUGCCCUAACCUGCCCUUGCAUCACCUACGGCCGCACGCAAUACCGCCUGACCCAGCGCUCCGCCCGCAGAGACCCCACCAACAUGCUCGGCUACACCGCCUGCAACGGCAGCUGCGUCGCCUUCGGCCUCCUCUGCGGCAUCAACAUUGUCUUGGCCGCGAUCCAGAAGACGCGCGUCCGCAAAGCCUACGAACUCGACCGCAAACUCACCGGGGGCGUGUUGGAGGAUCUGCUGAAAGCUGCGUGCUGCUGCUGCUGUAGCGUCGCGCAGGACGAGAAGGAGGUGCAGUGGCGCGAGGAGGAGGGGAGGAAGGCUAAGGGCGCCAAGGGCGCCAAGGGCGGCAGGCAGCCUACAGUCGCGGAUGGGUAUGUGCCUGUUGGCGGCAUGGCGUUUUCGCCGCCGCCGCGGUGA